UUAUUAACGCGUUAAAGCACGUUUUAUCAAAUGUCACAUGAUAAUCAUAAUGUUAUAUUCCGCAUACUCCAAUCCACUAUAUCCCCGGGGCCCCUGCUAAGGUCAUAGGAUGGCCUAUCGACCUUUUGUAGCGAUAGAGCGCGGCCGAUAUAUUGUUACACAUAUCGUAUAACACGCUAGGCACGUAAUUUUACAUAACCGCGCUGUGCACAGUGCACUAUGACCUUUCGCCAGGCAUUCUUUAUAGGGACAAGAUGGCGACUGCGGAGCAAAACAUCGUCGAACAAAUCCGCGAAGAAGUGUUUUGCAGCAUCUGUUUGGAGUUGUUUAGGAGGCCCAAGGCGCUGCCAUGUCAGCACACAUUCUGUGAGGACUGUUUACUAAACUACGCAGGUGUACGGCAGGUGGUUUGGUGCCCUAACUGUCGUCUGCAGGUCAGGUUGCCCCCUCAGGGCGUCGUGGGCCUGCCGGACAACCAUCUCGCCGCGAACGUUUGUCAGAAAUUCUCACAGCACACGCCGCAAACGGGCGGUUCAGACGACAACUACUGUGACCAACACCCCGUGGAGGCCUUGAAGUUGUACUGCCAGCAGUGUGGGGUUGCGUGCUGCGCGGAAUGUUUGGACGAUCAACACGCAGGGCACACCGCAACAACAGUCAGACAAGCCGUGGAACAGAAGAAAACUGCUCUGCGUGCUCUCGUGACAGAGUGCAAAAACACGUUGGAUACAUGUCACAGCUACUUAAGACAGCUGCCUUACGUCGAACAAACGCUAUCUACAGACACCCAGCGUACCCAAGCUGACGUAACAGAGACUUUCGACAACGCCAUACAACACAUUACCCAAGCCUUGACGGCGGAGAAGGACCGCUUGUUGCGUGACAUUGAGAAAAAUCAGAGACGCAACAAUGACACUCUGAAUGCGUACGGUGCACAAGUUCAAAGUCAGGUUACAGAACUGACAUCUGCAUGUGACGCCGCCGUAUGGGCGCUAGGUCAAUGUGACAAGCGUUUCCUCAACCACGAAGCUGCAGUGUCAGAAGCGCUGGACAGAUACAGAGAGCACGCUUUACCAUCUCCCGACCGAGCAGUUUUCCAGGCCCUAGACGUCGAUUUUCAGUCUCUGGCUUCAGCUAUGAGUCGUAUGACGUUGGAGCCAGUUAGUCUUCAGCCAGGUAAUGUUUUAAAUACAGGACAGGUGCGCUUUGGUGGGAGAGGGUCAGAAAACGGUCAGUUCAGUUGGCCAACCGGAGUCACCGUCUCUAAAGAUGGGGUCAUCUUCGUGGCAGACUACGAUAAUGAGAGAAUACAGUCGUUCCACUGCCAGGGAAGAUACCUCGGCCAGUUCCAGACGCUGGUUCCAGGAAGACCUUCCCGAACGAUGAAGCCGCAAGGAGUUGACCUUGAUGCUUACGGGAACCUGUGGGUUGUCGGGUACAACGUUACCGAAACGUGCGAUCUUCUCGUUCAGUUUUCUCGGACGGGAGAAUGUCUGAACAAAAUACCUCUCACACACACGGGCUACUUUCGCGGCCUCGCCGUCAACAAGCGAACCAACCAGAUCCUAGUCACCGAGACGACGGCUACGAACCAACCAUCGGGAGGUACUGGCGUCACAUUUCGUGGCGAGAUAAAGGUUUUAAAGCCAGAUGGGACAUUGGUGAGAGUUAUAGGAGGAUCUCAACAGAAAACCUGGCUGCAGCCGUUCUGGACAAAGAGCGGACCUCAAGAGGACAUUAAGUACCCACGAUACGUCACCGUAGAUUGCCAUGGCAACAUCAUUGUAUCGGACACGGUGGAUCACUGCAUCAAGAUCUUCAGCGAGACGGGAGAGUUUCAGUUCAAGUUCGGAGAGGACGGAAAGGGGGACGGACAGCUGAGGUACCCGCGAGGGGUGUGCGUGGACGUCUCCGGGAACAUCGUGGUGGCUGACGAGGGAAACCAGCGCGUGGAGGUCUUCAACCGGCACGGUCUCCUGCUGCAUCACGUGACGGGCGGGAUGAAGAAGCCCAGCGCCGUCGCCAUGGCAACGGAAGGACGCCUGGUGAUGACGGACGUGGAUACGAACAUGGUCACUGUCCUCACAACAUAGACUCAGGGGAAAGUCAUUACAAUGAGAUACAAUCCUGAUGUUUACAAAAUGAGUAUAGCUAGAAUGUUACAUUACUCAUUUUAUAAACAUCAGCUACGCACCGAGCCACGGCGAUUAUAGCUGGAGUUAUAGUAUAACCCCUAACUAUGGACUGUCAACAACAGUCGCACCGCGGCUAACACUAUGCGAACCACGUAUACACUACAUUGUAUAUCCAAGAGACUCAAGCAUUUAUGCAUUGUUUCCCAAGGGCCAGUAGACAUUGUGGGAGUUCAAUAUAAGCCAAAGAAAUUAACUUCUCAGUCUAUAGAAUACUCACUUCUGUAAAACUGAUGUAUUAUGAAGGCAUUAUUUAUCAACCAAUUAGUGUUACCCAUUUAGGCACCUGUUAGAUUAUGCAAUCUACAAUGUAUAAUCAAAAUAUGUCCACUAUUAGUGGACUGCUACAGGGUACACAGAAUAACAAUACCCAAUAGGUAUUGCUUUCUACAACUAGAUAUAGAUAUGUAUUUUGUGGAGUAUUGUUUAUUGUGCAUUUGUAAAGUUGAAAUGCGAAACACUGUAUCAUGAAAAUAAGAAUUGAUGGAAAAAGAACUUUGAUGUUACAAGUGACAAAAGUUUGUAUGUGUAGUACUCAGAUGUGUAGUACUCAGGUUAUUACCUCAUAAUUUAUUACUCCUCAAAUGAUUUUUUGUGAAAUGCAAAAACAAAUCAGAUCUGAAGUCUGGUCAUCACUAUAAAGCUCUCUCCUGACCAUAUUGCCAUGCACAACCUAUUGUGUUAGAUAUUUAACUUAUAAGUAGGAGUUGUGACUAAACAGUGAACUCUUAUCAUAAUGUGUACUGUAAUAUGUUGUCAUAUAAUUGCUUUCCAGUAUUGGUAUUAGUGGAAUUCUACACUCUAAAUGUUACUCUUGCUACAUGUACACAUUAAAAUGUUUCUUCUCAAGUCA